AUGGCCAAUUCAUUGUACUUUCUAACAAUGGUCAUCGUGUUGCUUCAAAUCAGCUUCAAUGUAAGUUUACCAAUUGAAUCUAAUGAUGGAAAUAGUCCUUGGAUACAACAUAAGCUACAAACAUGGGAUUGGUCUAGAUACAGAGAUCCACCAGAACCCAAGUGGACAUUUAGAGAAUCAUCCAUAGACAAUUAUGGUUUUCGUUUUAAUCCAGAAUAUCAAGCUACUAGCCGCCUUUCUAUAGCACCUCAUAUUGAUUAUGGUUGGCGCCAAGGAGUAACAGGAGGUGGUAUUCGGCUUAGAUAUAAAUUUCGAAGAAGUGCUGAUGAACAAAACAAGUUAGCUCAACAAGAUCCUGAUUUAAUUUACAAUAGAAAUAAUGAUGAUGCACAAGAUGUCAAUUGA